AUGGAGAGUUCACGAAACAUCACGGAAUUUUUCAUGCUGGGACUCUCGCAGAACCCCCAGGUGCAGAGAGUUUUAUUCGUUCUCUUUUCUAUUGUCUUCCUGGUAUCUGUUGGGGGCAACUUACUGAUUAUGAUCACCAUUAUCUUCAGUCCCACCUUGGGUUCCCCUAUGUACUUUUUUCUUUCAUAUUUAUCCUUUAUUGAUACUUGCUAUUCCUCAUGUAUGACACCUAAACUCAUUGCUGACUCUUUGUAUGAAGGAAAAACCAUUUCUUUUGAGGGCUGCCUGGCUCAAUUCUUCAUUGCACACUUGUUGGGAGGAACCGAGAUCAUUCUGCUCACAGUGAUGGCCUAUGAUCGCUAUGUGGCCAUCUGCAAGCCCCUGCACUAUACAACCAUCAUGACCAGACAAAUUUGUGCUCUGCUUGUGGGAGUGGCAUGGAUGGGGGGCUUCCUACAUUCAUUGGUCCAGCUUUUCCUGGUCCUUCAGUUGCCCUUCUGUGGACCCAAUGUCAUCAAUCACUUCGUCUGUGAUCUGUACCCCUUGCUGGAACUUGCCUGCACAGACACCUAUGUCAUUGGUCUGCUGGUGGUGGCCAACAGUGGUGUGAUCUGUCUGCUGAACUUUCUCAUGCUGGCUGCCUCCUACAUUGUCAUCCUUCGUUCUUUGAGAUCCCACAGUGCAGAAGGGAGACGUAAAGCCCUCUCGACCUGUGGGGCCCACUUCACUGUGGUUGCCUGUUUCUUUGUUCCUUGUAUAUUCAUUUAUAUGAGGCCAUCAUCUACUUUGUCCAUAGACAAAAUAGUGGCUGUAUUUUAUUGUAUUUUGACGCCCAUGUUUAAUCCCCUGAUUUAUACCCUGAGAAAUGCAGAGGUGAAAAAUGCCAUGAAGAAUCUUUGGAAAAGAUGA